AUGGACCAAAUUUAGAUACCAAAUGGAUUUAAAUUAGAACCAUAUGCUCCAAAAGAAGGAGGAAAUGGAGAGAUUUUUACAUGUAGUAAAGAUGGAAAUUUGUAUGCCAUGAAAGUUUUUAAGAAAAACAUAGAAUAAUAUUUACAUGAAGUGAAUAUUUGUACAACUCUUAAAUCUCAUGUCAAUAUUAUUAAAUUAAUAGAUAAUUUUGAAUGGGAAGGAAACAGAGUUAUUAUUUUAGAAUAUUGUUCAAAAGAUUUAAUUACAUAUCUAAAUGAAAAUUUACAUUUAUCAGAAUUAGAAAGAUUAAAUAUAUUUGCAUAAAUUGUAAGUGCAUUUAAAUCCAUUAUUGAAGACUUAAAUAGUGUAGAAAUGCAUUUUUCACAUAGAGAUAUCAAACCUUAAAAUUUAAUGUUAGGAAAUGAUAAUAUGAUUAAGAUAAUAGAUUUUGGAGAAAGUAGAAUAUCAGAUAAUGAUAAUCAAAUUCCAACCUUAAAAAAUUAAUUAUGUGGUACUCAUGGAUAUAUGGAUCCAGUAAUGGAAUUUGGAGGUGAUGGAUUUUAAGAAAAAUCAGAUUUAUGGUCUAUGGGAGCCACAUUAUUUUAUAUCUUAACAAAUUAAGGAUUAAAAAUAAAUGCAAAAGAUAUUAAUACAGCAGCUAUGAAGAUAUAGGCUAAUAAUAAAAAAGAAAAUAUUAAAUAAUUAAGAAUAGAUGCCAAAUUAGAAAUGGUAUAAUAAAUUAUUAAUUAAUCAUUAAUUUAAUUACCAUUUUCAGAUUAAUGCAAACAACUAUUAGAUAAAUUAUUAAUGGUAGAUCAUAAUAAAAGAUAUGGAUGGAAUUAAUUAUUUGAAAAUGAAUUAAUAAAAUAAUUAUUAGAAUCUUUACCAUAAGGAUAAAUAUAAUAAAAGACUGAUCGUAAAAAACCAAUAAAAUUAUCAUAUUAAAUGAAUAAAGAUUUUUUAUCUAUGAAUUUCAAAUAAUAAGCAGGUCCAAUAUUGACUGAAACAUUAUAUGUUAUUAUAAGUAAAGGUAAGUAAUGUGCAUCAACAGCAUUUGAAAUGUUUAAAUACUUUAAUUAAAUGAAGUAUAUUAAUGAAGAUUUUAUGAAUAAUUGGUAAUAUUUUGAAAAAUGCAAUUAUUUAUUACAUCUUAGAUCACUUAUUAUACUAAAUCAUUAUAAUCAAAUAUUUACUCUUAAAAUUCAUAAAUCAGGAUAAGAAUCAAUAGAUUAAAAGUUAUUUGAAGAUUUAACCAAUGGAACAUAAUAGAAUUAAUAGAUAUAUGAAAGAAUAUAAUUAUAAGUUUAUUAUUUAUUUGAGGAUGUAAGAAAGAGUUUAUAAGGUAGUGGUCUAGAAACAAGAAUAUUGAAUUUAACAUAAUAAUCAUCUAAAGAUUUGAAUGAAUAUAAUUAAAUAUUGGUAUUAGGAGAUCAAGAGAGAGAGUAUUUUUAAUAUAGAAAAGAUGAUAGAAUGAAUGUUAAAAAUCGUCCAGAUUAUUAUGACAAACCAUAUUUUUAUGAGAUAUACAAAUCAUAUCUUCUGAAAUGCAUUAAAGUUCUAAUUGAUAAUUAUGAUAAAGAUGGAGUCUAGGUUUUAAGUGAUAUGAUUAUAUCUUAUAAUUUAGAAGAAUUCUAUGAAAAUUGCACAUAAGCCAAAAUCUAAAAUUAUUUAUACAAUCAAGCAGAACAAAAUAAAGAAGUUUUAUAUGCUAAAUUGAAAGCUAUUUAUAAUUCAAUAAUUUAGAAAUGA